UCACCCUGGCUAGUGCUGUUUGCAGAACAGAGACAUGAGUUUGGGAUGUGAGCGGCUAAGGAUCCUGAUGGAGUGGAGAGAGAGAUAGAAAGCGAAGGAGACAGAGAAAGGGAGACAGCUAAAAAGAAAGGGACACUGAGAAGGGGGGAGGGAGACAGAGAAAGAGAGCGGCCAGACCCCUGCGCUGACCUGCAGCAGCAUUUCCAGGCCAGCCUCGCUCUCCGCAAGGCCAGGGUCUUCCCCCCUUGGGCUGCUGCUUCCCUUUGCCUAGACAGGCAAGCCUCGGUGCCUCCAGCCCCCGGCCAGCUGGACGCUGUGCCCCAGGGUGGGUAGGAUAGCUUCUUUGCUCAGAGCCUCCCGAAGGUGUUAACUUUUCGCCUGAAAGUGAGCGCAAUUUGCUGCGGGAGCAUGCGUGGCCUGGCCCGCUGGACGCUGCUGGUGGCGCUGGCCAGCUGGGGCCACGCGUUCGUCCCCCUGGCCGACUUCUACCCGUUCGGCUCGGAGGUGGGGGAUGCUGUCACUCCGAAGCAGGAUGACGGGGGCUCAGGGCUGCUACCCAUCUCUGUCCCGUUCCCGUUCUUCGGAGCGGGGCACACUGGCCUCUACGUGAACAACAACGGAAUCAUCUCCUUCCUAAAGGAAGUCUCCCAAUUCACACCGGUAGCCUUCCCUAUCUCUAAAGACCGCUGUGUGGUAGCUGCUUUCUGGGCUGAUGUCGAUAACCGCCGGGCUGGAGAGGUCUAUUACCAGGAGAGUAAGGAGCAGGCCAUCCUGCAGAGAGCCACGGAGGACAUCUGGAGAUACUUCCCAGAGCACCCCGACUUCUCAGCAAAGUGGGUUUUUGUGGCCACCUGGCACAAGGUGACCUUUUUCGGAGGGAGCUCAUUUUCUCCGGUAAACACCUUCCAGAUUGUCCUCAUCACAGAUGGCAAGCUGUCUUUUACCAUAUUCAACUAUGAGUCCAUCCUGUGGACCACAGGCAUGCACGCCAGCAGUGGGGGCGACUUGGCGGGACUAGGAGGCAUUGCCGCACAGGCAGGGUUCAAUGCUGGCGAUGGGAAACGUUACUUCAACAUCCCUGGCUCCCGCACCGAUGACAUCGUCGACGUGGAGAUGACGACAAAUGUGGGUAUCCCCGGGCGAUGGGUGUUCAGAAUCGAUGAUGCCCAGGUGCAAGUGGGGGGCUGCAGCAACACAACUUCUGUGUGUCUGACCCUCCGUCCCUGUCUGAAUGGAGGGAAGUGUAUUGAUGACUGCAUUACUGGGAACCCCUCCUACACCUGCUCCUGCCUUGCAGGCUUCACAGGGAAAAAAUGCCACCUGGAUGUGAAUGAGUGUGCCUCCCAUCCAUGUCAGAAUGGAGGGACCUGUACACACAGCGUAAACAGUUUCAGCUGCCAAUGCCCCCCAGGCUUCAAAGGGCCCACCUGUGGGACAGUGGAAUCCCCAUGUGACACCAAGGACUGUCAGAAUGGUGGAGAAUGCCAGGCUGGAAAUGGGACUGCAGAGUGUGUGUGCCAGUCAGGGUACACAGGAGAAAACUGUGAAAUCGAUAUAAAUGAAUGUGACUCUGACCCAUGCAUGAAUGGGGGGAAAUGUGUGGACCUGGUGGCUAACUACACCUGCCUGUGUUCAGAGCCCUUCCUUGGCCCUCGCUGUGAGUUAGAUCAGUCAUCCUGUGAAGAUCGGAGCUGCAGAGACAGGCAGACUUGCAAUUACAUCCGCCCAGGGCGCUACAUCUGCACGUGUUCUCCUGGCUACUAUGGGAACAACUGUCAGUAUGGAGGCCCCAGAAUCCCAAGUGCCUGUCUCUCCAACCCAUGCCAGAACGAGGGCACCUGCCUGGAGACAGACCAGGGCUACCUCUGCGAGUGUCCAGAUGGACACACAGGCUCCGACUGUGCAGAAAAGCUCCCAGAAGACUGUGAAUGCCGGAAUGGGGGGAGAUGCCUCGAUGGAAACUUCACCCUCUGCCACUGCCCCCCGGGAUAUUUUGGAAUCCUUUGUGAAUUUGAAGUCACCGCCACCCCGUGCAAUGUGAACAGCCAGUGUCCUGACGGCGGUUACUGCAUGGAGUACGGCGGGAGCUACCUCUGCGUGUGCCACACCGACUACACCACCAACCACUCUCUGCCCUCUCCCUGCGACUCAGAUCCCUGCCUCAAUGGGGGCUCCUGCAAUGCCCAUGACGACUCCUACACCUGCGAGUGCCCACGAGGCUUCCUCGGCAAGCACUGUGAGAAAGUAAGGCCGAGACUGUGCAGCUCCGGGCCCUGCCGGAACGGCGGGACCUGCAAGGAGUCCAACGGGGAAUACCGAUGCAGCUGCCCCUAUCGGUUCACAGGGAAGCACUGUGAGAUAGGAAAGCCAGACUCUUGUGCCUCUGGCCCUUGUCAGAACGGAGGGACCUGCUUCCAUUACAUUGGCAAAUACAAGUGCGACUGUCCACCAGGGUAUUCCGGGCGGCACUGUGAAAUAGCUCCCUCUCCUUGCUUUAUGAGCCCCUGCGAAAAUGGUGCCACCUGCAACGAUCUUGGCAAAGACUACAUCUGCCGCUGCCGUGCUGGGUACACUGGGAAACGCUGCCAGUCAGAGGUGGACUGCGGUACUCCCAGCUCAGUGAAGAACACCAAAGUGAGAUUUAACUCCACCAAGAUGGGCUCCCUGGCUGAAUACGAGUGUGAGCAGGGCUACAUCCUCAGCUCUGAGAACAACCCCAGAGUGUGCAGAGCACACGGACUCUGGAGCGAACCCCCACAGUGUGAUGAAAUCAAUGAGUGUGAAUCUCAGCCUUGCCUGAAUGGGGGCUCCUGCAAGGACCGGAUCGCCAGCUUCCUCUGCGUCUGUGGCUCAGGAUACAUGGGACCCCACUGUGAGCUGGAGACUGAUGAAUGCCAGUCAGAUCCCUGUAAAAAUGGAGGGACCUGCAAGGAUCUCCCAGCUGCCUUUGUCUGCCAAUGUCCCGAUGGCUUUGCUGGAAUCCACUGUGAAAAAGAAGUGGACGCCUGUGACUCAGGGCCCUGUCAGCACGGAGGAGAGUGUGAGAAUGAUGGAGGCUCUUAUCUGUGUGUCUGCCCUGAAGGUUUCUUUGGUUACCACUGUGAGAUAGCAAGCGAUCCAUGUUUCUCCAACCCCUGUGGAGGCCGAGGUUACUGUCUCUCCAGCAACGGGUCCCACAGCUGCACCUGCAAAGUGGGCUAUACCGGCAGAAACUGCGCCAAAGAGCUGCUGCCACCCACAACGCUCAAGGUGGAAAGGGUGGAGGACAGCGGUGUCUCCAUCUCCUGGCGUCCCCCGGACCAAGCAGCCAAGCAGAUGAUUGAUGGGUACGCGGUGACCUACGCCUCCUUCGACGGCUCCUACCGCCGGACCGAUUUUGUGGAUCGCAGCCACUCUGCCCACCAGCUGCGGGCCCUGGCCUCGGGCAAAGCCUACAACAUCUCCGUCUUCUCAGUCAAACGCAACGUGAACAAAAAUGAUAUCAGCAGACCUGUGGUGCUCAUCACCCGCACUCGGCCUCGGCCUGUGGAGGGCUUUGAGAUCACCAAUGUGACAGCCUCGUCGAUCGCAGUCCAAUGGGCCCUCCACAAGGUCAAGCACUCUACUGUCAACAAAGUGCGCGUGUCUAUCCGCCGCCUCAGGGAUCAAGAGGACCAUGUUGUGGAGCUGGACAGUACCACUGACAAGUACACAUUCUGGGAUCUGCUGCCAGGAGAGAGGUACAUUAUUCAUGUGGCCACCCUCAGUGGGCUGGGCACAGAAGACCAUCCCUCAGAGAGCCUGGCCACUGCACCCUUCCACGUGUGGACUCGUCCUCUCUCACCCAGAAACCUGACAGCUUCAAGAGUCACAGCUACUUCUGCCCACAUGGUGUGGGAGCAGCCACCUCCAGGGGCUUCUGUGGAGGGUUACAUCAUCAACGUGACCACAAGCCAGAGCGUGAAGAGCCGCUAUGUGCCCAACGGGAAGCUGACCUCCUACACCAUGCGCGACCUGCAGCCAGGUCAAAGGUAUCGACUCUCAGUGACUGCGGUACAGAACACAGAGCAAGGGCAAAUGCACAGCGACCCUGCCCAUCUAUACAUUAUGACCUCACAGAGGGAUGCCUCUUCUGACAGAAGAUGGAGCCAAGGAGGGCACCCCAGGGUGCUGAGGAACAGAGUGCCCCCAUCCUUUCUGCCUGAUCUUCGGCUGCUGGCUGACCGUGAGGUUUCAGAAGAACCAUCCCAGCCCCCCAGGUUCACUGAGCUGGUGGAUGGCAGAGGAAGGAUCAGCGCCAAAUUCGGAGGUGUCCCGAGUGAAGCGGUCGCCCUGAGAUCCCAACCAGAGACCCCAGUAAAACUGGAGAACACGGAAGAAUCUGCCGACCGGAUCAGCCUGGCACUCCAGCUGCCUGAACCCGAAAGCAACAAAGAGGAAGAAGAUGACCACAGGAACUGCUCCAUAAACCCCUGCCAAAAUGGCGGCACAUGUGUGAGUGGGACAGACUCCUACAGCUGUGACUGCGGCCUUGGAUUCAAAGGCAGACACUGUGAACUCUCAUGUAAGAAGGUGCCGCAUCCUUGUACACGGCUGUACUCAGAGACCAAGUCAUUUCCUGUCUGGGAAGGAGGAGUCUGCCACUAUGUGUACAAGAGAAUCUACAAAGUCCAUCCCGACAUCUGCUACAAGGAGAGCUGCGAGGGCACAGCUACCAAGAAGACCCCCAGCAGGAAACAAAGCAACAGUCAAAUAGUUAAGAAGCCUUAAGGGUCCAGAACAAUUGUAGUUUCACCUCGUCAACUGUAAGGGCUUUGAAAUCCCAGGAUGAUGAGAUCUACCACCUGGGUUGAAACAGAAUGCAGAGAGGAGAGGCACUUCACUAGACGGGAGCCCACACCUCUGCUUCCUCCUCUCCCCAAGCCUCUCUGGGACAUGCUGUCUCCAGCCUGAACACCACACCAGCCACCUCCCUCCUUUGGGGAUGUGGCCAAGGCUUCUUCAGUUUCCUAACUCCAGACUUCAUCUCUCCAAGGUGUCUGCAUUCUUCCCAUGACAUGCCAUCCAAAGAUGCUGCGCUGUGCAGCACAAGCGUCUGGAACAGUAUCGGCUUGUUUUCUACAACGACUGAAAGAUAUCAGUGUGUGGAUAUGCAAAGGAAGGGGGUUAACUUAGCAGACCACCAGGAGCAUGACCAGAAGCAACAGACCCUGGCUCACAAAGUUCAAAGUGGACAUGAAUCUUCUGAGACCAAAAAAAUCAAAAUGCAGAAGAAAUGUUAGCAGCCUCCAAACAGCAAGAGCAGAAAUGAAUUUUUCCCAAGUUGAAAAGCAACCUCAAGCACUGUUGAGUGCUACUUAACCUUUUUUGUCCCUAGUCCUAUAAUCUGAAGAGUAUUUCUGUUAAUUGAUAUUUUGCAGGUUAGUAGUCCAUAGUAUGGAUUAGUGCCUUUUGGUAUUUUGAAAGAAGAAAUGUUAAUUAACGCUAUCUAGCUUAGAAACCUUUCUGUCUCCAAGAAUUUCAUAUGGCCUUUUGCAUGUGGACACACUCAUUUCUUAGCUGGCAGAUCAGGUACAGCCACUAGGCCCCACUGGGCUAACGGAAAAAAGGUCUGUGCUGAUGCCAUCUGACAAACUGUUUUAGUCUACUGAGACAUUAACCUAAAAUUUGUAAAGUUUGGUCCUUUACCAGAGAGGACACAUUAUCACUCGUGAUGUUAACUUUUCAACAUGUUUCAAAAAACAUUCCCCCAAAUGCUGUUAAAACAACGGAAACCCUACACGAUACUUAGAAAUGUUAACAUCAUUAUAGCAACUGACCCCAAGUAGACCCAAAGUCACUGCUGAGUUUUCAGCUCGCUAGUGCUCUAGGACAAACAGCGAAGAGGAGGAAAUCUGACCUUCAAGUUCUAGAGUUCUAUUUGUGAAGCAGUGACGUAGGAAGGAUUCUGGGUCUCAGGAUGCAGUCUCCACAGAGGUUUCUCUUACCUGUCCACAUUCCCCAGUAUCUAAGUGUGCUGAAGGAAAUCACAACCCAUUCAAACUAGAAGGCAUUCUUUUUCACAAGAUGCAGACAUAUGUUACAAGAGGAUUUCUUUGGAGGAUCAGAAUCUUGGUUUUUAAAUUAUGAGAAUUAUAUAUGGGUAUGUCUCAGGAAAAGCACACACACAAAUUAAUCAGCUGUUUUCAUACAGGAAGGACAUGCCAAGGAGAUAAACUACAGCAGAUCUAAAAAACUUCUAGUAUUUCAAAAGCUGUACCAAACAGCCACUCAAGUGAUUGGCUUUAGUUUAGUGAAGAGUCAAAAACAGAGGAGGCUGCAGAAGGGUCAUUCAUAUAUAUAAGCAUGUGAUAUUUUUUUUUCAACAAUACUGGGCCUCAAAAGGAUCACCUGAUGUGACUGGAAAUAUACAUGAGGAAAAAAGAAAAGAUUUCUACCAUCAUGUUAAUAACUCCUGGAAUCUCAGAAAAUGAGAAAAAUGUUUCUUCGAUAUAACAAAUUCUGAGUUCAGGAAUCUGUGACUGUGUGACCCAUCCCUUUUGAUGCUUUACAAAGAAAUGAAAAUAUCUACUGAAAAAGUUUUUCUAAAUAUAAUAUUUUGUUUUCACAGCAAUUACAUCUUUCAAUUUGCCUUUAAAACAUUCCAAGCACAUCUGCCAAGAUAUUUUUUCCUUAUGACUCAUUCUGGACCUCUCAUUUCUUCUGCGAAAUCAUUUGAAGGCCACUCACCUCUUCCUAAAAGCCCAUCAGUUCCUAAGGAGACUGAUGAUACAGGAUUAGGGUUUGCCACAGAGGACCCAGGAAUCCCUCCCUCCCCCAAGGGGUAUAUUCAUUUGGAGAACCCCAUUAGGAUCCCAUUUAUUUCACAUAUCACUAAUUCAGCAUAAAAACACAGGCUCUAAAGAAACACAUCAUUUGGAGUCCCAAAGACAGAAGGACAACACUAAAAUUCUUGCACAGUGAAAUGGUUUCAUCUUGCACGCCACCAUCUCCAGGACAGAGCAGGCAGCUCUCUGAAAAAUCCCCACCUCCAUUGUCACAAGCGACACCUCCUUCAUAACAAAAAGGAUCUCGCUGGAAGUGAAUUGAAACAGAACGUCCUUCUUGCUGAGCCAACAUCGCUUGCACAGCCUCCUUGCACAGCCAGUCAAGUCGCCUUCCCCCAGUACUCCUGGCCGGCAUCACCCCCAGUGAAACGUCAGCUGUGGCCACAAAGUUCUCUCUGGCCACUCUCAAGCUCUGGCCUGAGUUUCCUU